UCUGCCAAGACGGCUGCAAGGUCGCUGUCGGAGGUUCUGCGCUAGCCGCAGCCGAGCUCAACGCCGGUGCUUUCCCUGCCCCGCGGGUACCCAGCGCGGCGCCCCGCAGCCCACGCACCCGCUUGCCCAUGCGGGCUGGAGCUGCGCGUCCCCGGGCUGCGGCAGCGCGGACGCACAGCGCCCGGUCUGCCUACCGGCUGCGGGCGGCGGCGGCUCCCAUGCGGCACACGUGAGGCCGGGCGCUCCGCAGGCCCCGGUGAGCCGGCGGCAUGGGGCAGGCGGGCUGGAAGGGGUUCUGCCUGUCGCUGUUCGACUACAAGACCGAAAAGUAUGUAGUCGCCAAGAACAAGAAGGUGGGAUUGCUCUACAGACUGCUGCAGCUCUCCAUCCUGCUGUACCUGGUCGUGUGGGUGUUUGUGGUAAAGAAGAGUUACCAAGAUGUUGACACCUCCCUGCAGAGUGCUGUUGUCACCAAAGUCAAGGGUGUGGCCUAUACCAACACCUCUGAGCUUGGGGAGCGGCUCUGGGAUGUUGCUGACUACGUCAUCCCACCCCAGGGAGACAAUGUCUUCGUUGUGAUCACCAACCUGAUUGUGACCACCAACCAGCGGCAGGGCACUUGUGCUGAGUAUGAAGGUGUCCCUGAUGGCUUGUGUUCUCAGGACUAUGACUGCCAUGCUGGGGAGUCUGUUAUAGCUGGAAAUGGAGUGAAGACUGGCCGCUGUCUACGUGUGGGGAACUCGACCAGGGGCACCUGUGAGAUCUUCGCCUGGUGCCCAGUGGAGACACAGUCCUUGCCAACGGAACCACUCCUGAAGGGGGCUGAAGACUUCACCAUUUACAUAAAGAACUUCAUUCGUUUCCCCAAAUUCAACUUCUCCAAGGCCAAUGUGCAGGAGGACAAAAAUUUCCUAAAAUCCUGUCGCUUUAGCCCCAAGAAUCUUUAUUGUCCCAUCUUCCGACUGGGGUCUGUGAUCCGCUGGGCGGGGAGCAACUUCCAGGAUAUAGCCAUGAAGGGUGGUGUGAUAGCAAUUAAUAUUGAAUGGGACUGUGAUCUUGACAAAGCUGCCUCCGAGUGCAACCCUCGCUAUUAUUUUAGCCGCCUGGACAACACCCAUGUAAAGUCUGUCUCCUCUGGGUACAACUUCAGGUUUGCCAGAUAUUACCGAGACUCUGCUGGGGUGGAGUUCCGAACCCUGAUAAAAGCCUAUGGGAUCCGCUUUGAUGUGAUAGUUAAUGGCAAGGCAGGGAAGUUCAGCAUCAUCCCUACAAUCAUCAACUUGGGCUCUGGGGUGGCGCUCAUGGGUGCUGGGGCUUUCUUCUGUGACCUGGUGCUCAUCUACAUCAUCAAGAAGAGGGAGUUCUACCGAGACAAGAAGUAUGAGGAAGUGAGCCGCAGCCUGAAGCCAGCCCGGCAGCGAGGAGUCCGACCUGGCCGCAGUCCAUGCUGCUGGAGGAACGAGGGCAGCUGCCCUUCUCGGCCCGCCCCGCCAGUGUCUGGGGAGGCUCCUACAGGGCAGGGUCGAGAGGGCAGUACGCUGGAGGCCGAGGCCAAGGCGGCGGAGCCAGGGCAGCUGGAGGAGGAGCUGCUGGAGGAGCAGCCCCAGGCGCUGCCCAGCCGCAGCCACUGGAAGGGGAACGGCAGUGUGUGCUCGCAGUUCCCCGAGCUAGCCAGGUCUGGCCUUCUGAAGAAUGUAAAGGUGAAUGCUGAGCAGCUGCAGACUCUGCAGACAGUGGAGACGUAGCUAGAGCUGGUGUCCCAAAGCAGAUUUGAGGAUGUUGGGGCCAGAACUGCCCACAGCUCUGAACUGGGAAGAUGUGUCCUUGUGUCUGCAUGGGACAGGGGCUUCCAGGAACAGUCAUCUCACCUGACUUUGAGAUCCUGCUCAAGCUUUAUGUUGUAUGGAGGGGAGUCUUGGCAGUCAGACUGGCUCAGAUCCAGAAGAGGAGGCCUGGGGCAGGCACCCAGGAAACAGGGCAGGCCAGGAGCCUGAGUGGUACUAGAGUGUUUUAAUUUUUCCUGAGAACCUGACUGGACAUUCAUUCAUUCAUUCAUGCAGUAAAUACUUCUUGAUGCAUGCUGUGUGCUCAGUCCUAUCUAAGAGAUGCUUAAAUAAGAUGCUGAUCCAGCUCUCAGAGAUUAGGGAAACACAUGUGAUUCCCUCCAAAGCCAACAGAGAUAUCACCAUUGGGCCCAGCUACUCUUGCUUUCCUCCUGCCUCUAGCUGAGACAUUCACAAAUCCCUGUAGAGAAUGACAAUUCUCAGAGAAAGCCUUUGGAUUAUAUACAGGGGGACAUUUGGUCUUACCCCAUGGAAUAAAAUUUAAAGGUGGCCAAGGAGGCAACAGGAAAGGACUCUACCAGUCGGGAGGCAGCCAACUCCAAGGACUUUUAAUAAGAUGGGAAAGGGGAGGCAGAGAGGCCUUUCCUCCAUUCUGACCCCCACCCUCAGCCUCUAGAAGGUCCGAGAAUAACAACCUGCUUAGAUGAAAGAUGCUGUUUCCUGUGUGGUUUUGCUCUUGGUGUUGUGUGGGGCUGGUGUCCCUACUGGCUUCCCUUCCCUUCCCAAAGUUAAAGGAUGCUCUCUUAGCAGGUGUCAAGUUGUUAGGGAGGCCCUCACUUCCCCACCCUUGUCCCAUACCAUCCCCACCCCGCUCUGUCCCAGGAAACUUGCUAGUGGGGUUCAUACACAGCAGCUUCAGGGAGCCUCUUAGAAAUGCAGAGCCCCAGGCCCCUCCCUUGUCCUACCAAUUCAGAACCUGCAUUUCCCCAAGAUCCUGAGGUGAUUUGCAAGCAUAUUAUUGUUGCUUGAGAAGCUCUGGUUUUGAGGGAAAAGAAGGCCAGCUUGGUUGGAAGGAGCUAGUUACUAGACACACAUGCUGCCUUGAGACCAGGAGGAUACCUCUCUCACUCACACCUCCAGCCUGAAAGCAGCAUUAUGCUAAAUUUGUUUGAAUUAAAAUAUCUUGAUUAGGUAACAUUUCUAUGAUUCAAACAUGCCUAUAAUUCUAGUGAUUCGGGAGGUUGAACUCAGCCUGGGAAACUUAGCAAGACCAUAUCUCAAAAUAAAAAGUUUAAAGGACUGGGGAUAUGGCUCAGUGAUAGAGCACUCCUGGGUUCAAUCCCCAGUACCAAAAAAAAAAAAAAAAAAAAGGGAGUAAAAAGCGAGUCCUUUUCACACAUUCUCUGGAGGCAACCAGUGUUAUCAGUUCCAAAAGACUUCCUUAUUUUGUUAAGAAUCCAUGUCCACGUGGCUACCUGUGCAUUCACUUGGGAAAUGAUCUUUCCUGCAAGACAGACUCUCCUGUGUCAGAGAUGGACGCGAAAUAUGCUUGAAUAUUGGACUUGGGGAGCUGGCUAGCUCUUCUCCCUAUCCCCUGGCAUCAGAGGAAUGGCUGGGUGAACCUGGAAGCAUAUUAGGGAGCAUCCUCUUUGGAAGGGGAUGUGGUUUCUGUACAUAAGGAGGCAGCAAGCUCCCUUCCACUGGGGCCUUUGGGGACAGGAGUCUCAAGGCAUCCAGCAGGAGGUUACUGGUGAGGUUGCCACUGCACCAAGGUGCAUGGUGCCCAGAAUAGGACUCCUUAUAAAGCAAGCAGCUCCCUCACCUUGGGUUGUCUGGGGAUCUGUCAAUGAGCCAACCUGUACUCUGAAUAGAAAGUGAAAAAUUUAGGUGAUCUAUUUAAGUGUUUUACUUCCUCACUAAAGCAAACCCUUGGGUUUUAUAAUCUAGCAUGUUACUUUUAUAUUUGGGAGGAGGGGCAGGGGUCGUGGCUGCUUAGGGAUAGAUCUGGUUCCUUUUAACCUUAUUUUGAAAUGAUGCAGCAAGCCAAAUAACCUGGGAACAGUUGUACUAUUGGUUUUAUAUUGGAGUAUAAAUGCCUUCCUACAGUCAUUUGUUCAGUCAGUAAAUAUUUAGUGAGUCCUUAUUAUGUGUCAGGUGUUGGAGUAAAUGAUGGAGAUACAGUUGUGUUCAACACACAGGGUCUCUGCCAUCAUAUGCUUCCUAUCUGAUGGGAUCUAGACCUUAACCAAGUGAUCACACCUAUGAUCACAGACUCAAUAAGGUGCUUGGAGAGUUUUUAACCAGGAGUAGUCAGCAAGUUUCUCCAAGGAAGUGUAAUAUUAGUUGAAACCUGAAAGGUUAGGAGCAGCUGUCUGAGUGGGGAAGGAAAUGGUCCAGAUAAAGGAACCACACACAUAGGAAGAAGCAACUGAGGAUAUGAAUGAAGGUAGUGAAGGCUUCACUGGGUUUUGUGAGGUUUUAAGUCGACCUUAAAGAUUUUUUCCCUCCUUUUUUCCUUGGUGGUACUAGGGAUCAAACUUAGGGCUUAGUUGUACUCUAGGUGAGUGCUCUACCACUGAGCUACAUCCCCAACCCAAGUUGGCUUUCUUUACUUUUAAAGAUUGUCCCAUUACACUUUACUGCCUUAAAAGGACUUAUUCAACCUAAUUGUUUCUUUGAGGCUAGCAAAGCUGUCCAGGUGGCCUCUGUGGCUGCGUGUCAGAGGGCCCAUGCUUAGAAAGGCUAGGAAUCCCAUUACAGCUUCUGGACAUUGCUGUGCAUUCCUGCCAAAAUUGCCUUGCUUUUUGCACAGACGCUGGUUUGCCACCUUGUGCGUAAUCUUGGUGGAAGAGUUGGGGCUCAUUAAUCUUAUGAAAAUGUGCUUUUAAGUGGGGAGAAGUGAAGCAGGAAGUUGAGCUCCUUCCAAACUCUGAGUAAGUCCCUUUCUCUUUAGGCACAGGUUGCCCCAUUGGAAAGAUGAGAUUCCAAGUCUCUAAGACCUUUCUUUUUUCCUUUUUUUGGCAUUGCAACCCAGUGUCCUCCUGCCUGCUAAGCACACACUCUACCACUAAGCUACAUCCCCAGCCCAAGAGAGCUCCUUUCUAUUCUGAUAUUCUAGGCCCUAGCUUAAACUUGCUCAGCCAGUAUUUUCCUAACAAUUAUCCCAUGCCUUUGGGAGUGCUAUACUAGUCAUACUUUGGGUGCUAUCAAUGUGACAUAAUGGGGACCAGCCAUGAAAGAUCAAAGUGCCCUCCAUUCCUGAUGCUGGGGGUCAUUAGCACUGAACAAUCAUGGCUGCCUUUUUUACCCCCACUCACCCCUUAUCAGUUCUGUUCUCAGUGGGGAAUUAGAUGUAAAGGGAGACUGUGACUUUUUCAAGUGUGAGUACCUCAGUGAAGGACUACUAUGCCCUGUAGAGUUCCUAAAUCACCCCACUUGGAAUGACAUCUUGAGUCUGGAAAAGACUAUUUCCAACCCACUACCUCCCAAGUGAUGUGUUUCCUCAGAGGAAACUCUCCAGUGCAUCCAAGAAUGCUUUCUCUCCAAAAGACUAUACUGUACUGCCAGCUGUUUCCCUUUAGGCUAGACACAGAAUUAAAGGGGGCAAGGUGGUAAGUACUUUCUGGG